AAAAAAUCUUUGUUUCCAAUAUGUUAUCUCCAUCAAUACAGAUCUAAAUUCCAAUCUCCUAUUUGCUCAAUCGACCGCUACAUACCCGUCGUCGUCGCCAUCGCCAUCGUCAAUCAUCGCUGUCGCCCGCUCCAGAUCUCAAUACCCGUCGUCGUCGCCAUCGCCAAUCGUCGUCGCCUGCUCCAGAUCUCAAUACCCGUCGUCGUCGCCAUCGCCCUCGCUAAUCGUCGUCGCCUACUCCAGAUCUCAAUACCCGUCGUCGACAUCAUCAAACGACCGCUGCAUCUCCCAGUCGCCCCCCCAUCCCCCACUCUCUUCGUGUUCGUCGCAUUGCGCAGCGCCCUCUCUUCUCCGGUCGUAGAUCUGCAAUUUCAAUUCUCAGCGGUUUUGCAAGAUAUAAUGAUGUGCAAUUAGAUGGGAAACCAUGAAGAUCGAGAUCGUUGCCAAGAAUAUUCCUCCUGCUGCUCAUUCACCUGCAGAAGGCUUCAACCGGAAUCAAACUGGUGGUGGCAGAAGGAGUGGAGAUUUCGGACUUGGGUGUAUUUGGGAGGAUUUUCACUACUGCUACCUCCACUCAUGUUGUUCGUCGGAUCGCUCCUGCUGUCGUUGCUCGGUUCAUCGGACACGCCGCUCCGACUGAUUUCCUCUCUCUGGUUUUACCUUUCCCCGGGUUGCCCUGCACUUUGGGUUCGGAUCAUCAUGGAAGGGUUUAGCCGUCGGAUGCUAUGAGCCAGAGG